AUGGACUGGUGGUGGCAGCUCUCGUUAGGGCUGUGGAUAGUCACACCCGUCUGGGCAGGGGACAAGCUGUUCAACGUCUGCAUGAAGGCCAAGCACCACAAGCAGAACCCCAGCCCAGAAGACCAGCUUUAUGAAGAGUGCCUCCCCUGGAAGGACAACGCCUGCUGCACGGCCAACACAAGCUGGGAAGCCCACCUGGAUGUGUCCCUGCUCUACGACUUCAGCCUUGUUCACUGCGGAUUGAUGAUGCCCGACUGUCAGAAGCACUUCAUCCAGGCCAUCUGCUUCUAUGAGUGCUCCCCAAACCUGGGGCCUUGGAUCCAGCAGGUGGGAAGCCUGGGAAGGGUGGCCCCAGGGCAACAGAGAGAGCGAAUUUUGAACGCACCGCUAUGCCGGGAGGACUGUGAGCAGUGGUGGGCAGACUGCCACACCUCCUACACUUGCCGAUCCAACUGGCACAGUGGCUGGGACUGGAGUCAGGGGAAGAGCCACUGUCCUGCAAGGGCCCCCUGCCGUCCUUUCCCCCAUUACUUCCCCACCCCAGCUGACUUGUGUGAGAAGAUUUGGAGCAACUCCUUCAAGGCCAGCCCUGAGCAUAGGAACAGUGGGCGGUGUCUGCAGAAGUGGUUCGAGCCUUCUCAGGGCAACCCCAAUGUGGCCGUGGCCCGCCUCUUCGCUAGCCCUGCCCCACCCUGGGAACUCCCCUGUACUCUCAUGGCCUUCUUUCUGCUCCUGCUAUUUCUUUCCUGA